AUGGAGGUGUAUGAUCCUCCAACUCGGCCCUUUGAGAUCUACACUCAGGGCUACUGGUACGCUGUUGCUGCCGCCGUCUUCUACUUCGUGUGCUCGGUGCUGCUGAUGAUCAACAUGCUGGGCUACUACCUUGGUCAUUAUCCGGACCACUUCGCCUUGAGUGACAGUCAGCGCACAUUGAUUCUGCAGACCAUGUUCUUCUUCAUCUGGAUGGCUGGUGGGGCCGCCAUGUACUCGAGGAUCCAGACCGAUGCUGGAGAGGCCCAGUGGACUUUUCCCAACUCGCUCUACUUCUGCUACGUCACCAUUCUGACCGUCGGCUUUGGAGACCUGGUCGCUACCACUGACCUAGGAAGAGGUCUUCUCUUCCCAUACUCGGUAGGCGGCAUCAUCACGCUCGCUCUUGUCGUAUCCUCUCUGUAUCGCGCGGCCCGGGAGCUAGGACAGGACCACAUUGUGCAGAAGCAUCUCAAGCGCAGACGCGAGCAAGCUCUCGCCCUGACGGCUACAAAUUCCGACGACUACCGACACCUCCAGCACCAGGUCGUUCGCCGUGGUACAUUUGGCAGACUGAAAAUCAGCGCACCCACUGAGCCACGGCCUUAUCGCACUGCAAUGGGGAACAGCGUUCAGCACGCCGCUGCGUUCCCUCGGCACUUUGCUGUCCCACCUCGACUGGACCGCAAACCGCGUCUGCUGUUGCUUAAGGAGGAGAGAGAUCGAUUCGAUGCGAUGCGCAGGAUUCAAGCGGACGGCAAGAGGUUCAAACGAUGGAUGGCUCUCUUCUGGUCAGUCACCACCUUCUUGAUCCUGUGGUGUGUAGGAGCUGUUGUCUUCUGGCAGACAGAGCAGGACACGCAGGGCAUGACGUAUUUCCAGGCUCUGUACUUCUGUUACAUAUCUCUCCUGACCAUUGGAUACGGCGAUCUCUCACCCAAGUCAAACUCCGGCCGCUGCUUCUUCGUCAUCUGGAGCCUCAUCUCUGUGCCCACCAUGACGAUCCUCGUCUCGGAUCUGGGUGACACCGUCGUCGCCAAAUUCAAGAAAUGGAGCAGCAUCGUAGCAGACUUCACCGUCCUGCCCAAACGCGGCAUCUGGCAACCCUUUGUCGAUAAGACCCCGUGGCUGCAACAGCGCAUGCAGGACCGCAAAGCGAAACGGCGCGUGCGUGAGGGCUUCAGCACCGCGGACCCCGGCGGCAGCCCAGCCUCCGACGACAGCCCAGCCUCCGACGACGGUCCAGCCUCCGACGACAACGAUGUAGAACUCGCUGCCGACGCCACCCAAAUCGCAAACCCGGACAUCGCCAGCCUCGCCGAGGAAGCCGAGACCGACCUCGUGCACGCGCCGUCCCAAGCCUCGCUCUCGCGCCGCAUCGCGCUCGCCAUCAAAAAGGUAUCCCUCGACCUGCGUCUCGACGUGCCAAAGCGGUACUCGUACGAGGAGUGGGUCGAGUUCACGCGCUUGAUCCGGUACACGACGCCGCGGCGACUGAACCGCGUGCUCGGCACGACGCUGAACGAGAUCGAGGACGACGAGGGGCUGGUCAACUGGGACUGGCUGGGUGAGCACAGCCCGAUGGUUGCGGGCGUCCGCGAGAGCGAGUGGCUGCUUGAGAGGCUUGUGGAGAGCCUGAUCCGGCUCGAGAAGAGGCGGGAGAUUGCUUGCGACCACGGGGAUCUGGCGGGGGUCAGGGAUAUGGAGGGACGUCCAUACGGAUCUCCAGAUUCGACGUAUUUGCUAGGCACCGACGCAGUCCUCGUCCGUAACUUGCUGUCGGCACAACGUUGA